AUUUCCACUUGUGUUCCAGGCUCUCCCGUGUUCGGAGAAGGAUUUUAGGGCCUAGCUUCAGGCUACUUUCUGCUCUGAUUCCCGGCUUCCGCCGGUCUUGGUUUUAUUGUGGGUUUCACUUUAUUACCCAUUUUUCGAGGUGUGUGUGUGCUGGCGAGCGCUUUUCUCGCGGUCUACUUGCAAGUUUUGUUCUCUGUUGUAUUCGAUGAGUGGCGUCUUUCU